AUGAAGAAAUGGUGGAAUUGGAUUCUUGUUGUGGCCUUAGUGUGUCUGUUAUUCGUUGCUAUACCUCUUUCAUAUCCUGACAGGACUAAAGAAACACUUCGGCCUAUGUUUGAUGAGUAUAUAGAAAAUUUCAAUAAAACCUAUAAGGACGACCCUGCGGAGUACGAAAAAAGAUUAGAGCAUUUUGUGGCCUCCGUAAAAGAAAUAGAUAGAUUAAACUCAGCGGCAAGAGGUCCCGAACAGCAUAGAGCGAGGUAUGGACUCACACAAAUGUCGGAUAUGUCGAAAGAUGAGUUCAGAGAUAUACAUCUAUCAGAUGAACAACCACAUAGAUAUAGACGACAUAAGCUAGGAAAGAGUUGGAGUAAAGGCAGAGCGAAGAAUAUUGAGGACGUAGCCGAUAAAAUAGAUGAUUAUUAUGAUGAUGAUGAUGAUGAUAAAGAAGCCGAGGGUAGUCCGCAUCAUAAUAUUUAUAUAGUUAUAAGAAAAAAACGCGCCAUGCUGCCACUUCAGGUUGAUUGGAGAACGAAGGGUGUGAUAGGUCCUGUACGUGAUCAGGGUCUAUGUGGUGCGUGCUGGGCAUUCAGUACCAUCGGUACAAUGGAAGCGAUGGCUGCCAUAGACACCGGGAAACUUAACACUCUAAGUGUGCAGGAAGUUAUUGACUGCGCUGGUUUGGGUAACAGUGGUUGUGCGGGUGGAGAUGUCUGCCUUUUAUUAGACUGGUUGCUCAUGACUGACACAGCUGUUCAAGUCGAGAAGGAGUAUCCACUCAAAUUGACGAACGGCGUAUGUCAGGCUAAGAAGAAUGCGACCGGCGUUAAAGUCGCCAAAUUCACAUGUACUGAUCUGGUUGGCGCUGAGGAUAAGAUAAUCGAGUCUAUAGCAACCCAUGGUCCGGUGGCCGUAGCGGUGAAUGCGCUCACGUGGCAGAACUACCUAGGAGGCGUCAUACAGUAUCAUUGCAGCGGCAGUCCCAAAGAAUUAAACCACGCUGUUGAACUAGUUGGUUAUGAUUUAACAGCAGAAGUGCCUUACUAUAUAGCGAAAAACUCGUGGGGCAAAGGUUUUGGUCUGGACGGCUAUCUUAAACUUGCGAUCGGAAGUAAUAUAUGCGGACUAGCGAAUGAGGUGACGCGGACGUGCGCGUGCGCAGGAUAG